AUGGACCAAGGUUUGACCUCAAGUGAGCGUUACAUAAUGAACCUCUACAGGAUCUUCAGAAAUUAUUCUCUGGGAACGACAGUUGUACUGGGUGAGAAAGAAUUCAGAGAGUUGGUGAGAAGUGAAUUUCCAAAUUUUUACUGGGAAGUACAGGAAAUUCCUUUAGGUAGUCUAUUGAAUGAACCAAAGGAUCACAGCUUUGAAGAGGCUUUGGACAUGAUAGGACAAAUGGGAAUGGUGUACUACAAGAAGAUGAACAACAAUGCUUUUGAACAUUAG